AUGGAAGAAAUAAAUAGUUACUACAAGUGGAAUACCAUCUUUCUGUGGUCUGUUGGACUUUGGCCAUACUGCAACAAGAAAUUUCGACUCUUGCAUAAUGGCAUCAUCAGCCUCAUUACUUGGGCAUCUGUAAUUUCUCAGCUUGUAGCUAUCUUCGGUGUAGAAAAAGACUUAUUUAGGCAACUUAGGGAUAUAUCAAUUACAGCAAUGGCAAUAGCCGCGCUUACAAAAUAUCACGUCACCUGGUACGAGAUCAACUACGUAAAGGCACAAGUAAAUCAAAUCAGACUUGACUGGGAAACGAAUAACGUUGAAGUACUUCGAAUUAUGCAGAUUUACGCAUUUUAUGGAAAAAGACUCGUAAUACUUUUUGCGACAUUUUUUUAUCCAGGAUUGAGUAUAGUAAUACUAUACCAUAUUUCACCUAUCAUUUUGAAUGUAAUUGUGCCCUUAAAUGAAUCUCGCCCAAUAAAGUUUCCAAUUGAUCUUGAGUUCUGGAUUGAAGAAGAGCAAUAUCCCAUUCUCAACAUUAGCCUAUUUUGUCUAGUGGUGAUCGUGGACGUAGCCGUACUGGUUGGGACAGAAUCAUUCUCGAUUAUGAUCUGCUUGCAUGUAGCUGGUUUAUUUGAUGUUGCAAGUUAUUAUUACGAGAAAGCUGUUCUUUCGGAAUCCGUACCAUCAUAUCGUCCACAAAACAGUAAGAAUAAAGAAAUAGUCAGUUAUAUAGCUACUGGUGUAUUUUUUCAUCGAAAGGCCCUUCAGUCAGCGUUUCAUGUAUUCACCACAGUGUUCCGUGUAAUUAAUACGCUUGUUUCUGAAGGACUGUUCAUGACGCAAACGAAAGGUGCAAAGUGUCGUACACUUUCAUGGUUCUACUGGGUAUUAUUAGCGCGAGCAUCAAUUUGUUUUGCGCGCAACAGGAUUUUCAAAUUGUUUUAUUUGUUCAAGCUUUCUGUGACAGUAUUCCAAUUGUCAGACAUCGGAGAGGCUAUAUUCUCUGUCUUGGUAUUGCUUGCUACAUUUGGAUACAUGUUUUGGAUGAACCUGGCAGUCGAAUACAUUAUUGAUAACGCUAGCAGUAUCCCCAUAAAGACGUAA